UUCUCCUGUUGCCAAACUCGAGGUCUGGUGACUUGGUUUAAGGACUUCUGAAGUCGCAAAACUAUGAAACCUGAUUGGACCUUUUUUUCCAAGCUUGAUCACAACGGAGGAUAUCUGCAUAAGUUCCCAGCAGACUCUCUGAUAUCUCAUGAUACCGGGUUGAGAUUAAUAGCACAGGUCGGAACACUAGUCGAGAGUUCCUUUCAGAAUCCCAGACAUAUAUGUUCUGCAGGAAGUGGUGCAGUUCAGGAGGUGUUUGGCUGCUUCAACAAAGUUGCGGGGGCUUUCUAUUUCUGCCUUUCCAGAGCAUCAAAUCCCAAGAUCUUACAUAGCUUGUCUGCUAUUGCAGGCUCUGGUUCAAGAGCCUGUCAGUCACAAAUAAAACAAGCGACCUCUUGCCUGCAGCAUUUCGCUGGGUUGCAGUUUGGUUCUCGAGUAAGAGAAGAGCGUGCUAUACAGAUGCUCUUAGCCAGGCUUGCAAAUGUGACAUUUGGGCAACUCUGGAAUGACAUGGAGGAGCGACAGGCCUGUAACAUUCUUAUGCUAGCUGCUUCUUCUGUGAUACCACCAUUUGAAAACAUAUCACCAAAGAUGCUCCUGGAUUCAAUUACUUUGGGAAAAGAUGGUACACAAAUCAGAGAACAUAUGGAUCAGCCAUAUUUGGAAGAAAGGCGUCCAGGUUGUGCUCGUGUUGCUGUGCCAAGAACAAUCUUGCCAGAAGAUGUGACAGAACCAACAACAGGAAUCAAGUUCCCUACCCUUCUUGAGGACAAUUCAAACCCAACUGCAGAGGUACUUGUUGGGAUGGGUAUUAGGAGCAUGCGGAUAAUGCGGGUAAAAAAUCUGAAUGUCUAUGCCUUUGGAUUAUGUGAGUAA